AUGACGGACCGCAGCGUGGUUGAAACAGAGUUCUACUGCUCAGAGGAUGAGGACGCAAAGACCCCGACUGCCAGAUCGGGAGUCCUCCCCGACGGCGAGAGGCGACGACAGCUCGUCCGCCAAGGAAUCGACAGCGACAUCUUGGCCAUCUUGGACCACAAAUUCCUCGACGGCCACAACCGGUGCACCAUUCUGAAUUCCACGGGUCCCGAUUUUUGCAACCCCCGAACCGGCCAGCCUGCUUUUGUGGUUAUAACCGCCCUUCAAGAUGCUCUUGACCGGCAUUUUCUCAACCUGGACAAGAAGAGGACGCUAUUCGAGAUCCUGGGAUGGAAGUUUGAGUGCCUCGCAUGCCAUGAGAUCAAGGCACCAGCCGACUAUCAAGGCACCUCGUACAUAUUUUGGGGGCCAGAGGUGCCCGGAUCGUGCUAUCUACGCAGCGGUCCUUGUGUGGCCUGCCAAGAAAAGGCGAGGAAGAGCAAACACCCGCAAGCAGGAAUCGUGCCUUACAAGGUCGCUUAUCCCGAAUAA